GAAUGCACUUUUGUUUAACUUUUAAGUUACAUGUCUCAGCUUCAGGGGUCAGAGGUCUACUGCUGUGUUUGUCUACUGAAGCAUGUGCCACUACAAACUCUCUCAGGGAUCAAUAAUUACCAAACACCCAUCAUACUAUUGGCUGUCUGUGAAGGGCAAAAAUGACCAAAAAGCCAAUGAGACAGAAAGCUGAAAGGUGAUCUGCUUUAGAUCUUCACCAGUACUCGAUCUCUCUCGACACAAAGAACAGCUGCGAGGGUAGGAGCUGUCUUCAGUCUCCAGUGUGAUUUCUCCAGGUGUGUGCUCAAGUGUGUGAAGGAAAACAUUCAACAGGAUGUCUUCUUUAAAAGAGGUGUGCAGUGGUCUCCCCCUGGACCCGCUGCCCACUAACAGGGGGAGAGAUCCCAAUCAGCCACACGCACCCAUCAGGACCCCCAACCUUACAGCAGAGGAGGAACGGUUGGCGCUGAGAAAUGCCCUGCGUUAUUUCCCCCCCUCCCACCACCCGACGCUUGCACCAGAAUUUGCUCAAGAGCUGAGGCAGUACGGCCACAUCUACAUGUAUCGCUUCUGCCCUACAAUGCGCAUGAGAGCCUACCCCAUAGAUCAGUACCCAUGCCGCACACGUCAAGCAGCCUCCAUCAUGCUAAUGAUCAUGAACAACCUGGACCCUGCUGUUGCUCAGUUCCCCCAGGAGCUAGUCACCUACGGAGGGAACGGACAGGUUUUCAGUAACUGGGCCCAGUUUUGCUUGGUGAUGCAUUAUUUGAGUGAGAUGACCGAGGAACAAACACUGGUGAUGUAUAGUGGUCAUCCCAUGGGCCUGUUCCCUAGCCUGCCCUCUUCACCUCGCGCUAUCAUCACCAACGGCAUGGUCAUUCCCAAUUACUCCUCCAAAGAGCAGUAUGAAAAGAUGUUUGCUCUUGGCGUGUCCAUGUAUGGUCAAAUGACAGCAGGCAGCUACUGCUAUAUUGGACCACAAGGGAUUGUUCAUGGCACUUUGCUGACUGUGUUGAAUGCAGGCCGGAGAUAUCUAGGCUCAAGUGACAUGAGGGGGCGCGUUUUUGUGACCUCUGGCCUGGGGGGUAUGAGUGGAGCCCAGGCUAAAGCUGCCGUCAUUGCAGGUUGUAUUGGUGUAAUCGCAGAGGUAGACGAGGCUCCGCUUAGAAAGAGACAUGAGCAGGGCUGGCUGAUGGAGGUCACAAGCAACAUUGAGCACUGCAUUAAACGCAUCAGGGAGGCCAAAAGCUCCAAGACUGCCCUUAGUCUGGGUUACCAUGGCAACAUUGUAGACCUAUGGGAGAGGCUGAUGUUGGAGUAUGAGAACACGGGAAAGCUGCUGGUGGAUCUGGGUUCAGAUCAGACCUCUCUACAUAACCCAUUUAAUGGAGGAUAUUACCCAGUCCAGCUCAGCGUCCGCCAGGCCAAUCAGCUCAUGGUGACUGAUCCCAUUCGUUUUCGAUCCAUGGUCCAAGAAAGCCUUCGAAGACACAUUAAGGCCAUUAACCAGCUCUCAGAGGCUGGUAUGUUCUUCUGGGACUAUGGCAACGCAUUUCUCCUGGAGGCCCAAAGAGCUGGAGCUGAGGUGGAAAAAGUAGGUGGAGGCGCCACAGAAUUUCGCUACCCCUCUUAUGUCCAGCAUAUAAUGGGUGAUAUUUUCUCUUUGGGCUUUGGCCCAUUUCGCUGGGUUUGCACAUCCAGUGACCCUCAAGAUCUUGCUGCAACAGACAACAUUGCAGCCACUGUCCUGGAGGAAAUAAGUGCCAAUGUGACUGAUCGCAUCAAACAGCAGUAUGAUGACAACAUUCGUUGGAUCAGAGAGGCUGGAAAACACAAGAUGGUAGUGGGAUCCCAGGCAAGAAUCCUCUACUCUGACCAGAAAGGAAGAGUCUCCAUUGCUCUGGCUAUAAACCAGGCAAUCGCUGAUGGAAGAGUCUCAGCUCCUGUGGUUAUUAGCAGAGACCAUCAUGAUGUUAGUGGUACAGACAGCCCCUUCAGAGAAACCUCCAAUGUUUAUGAUGGAUCUGCCUUCUGUGCAGACAUGGCUGUCCAGAACUUUGUUGGUGAUGCAUUCAGGGGUGCUACAUGGGUCGCUCUGCACAAUGGAGGUGGUGUCGGCUGGGGCGAGGUGAUGAAUGGAGGCUUUGGUUUGCUGUUGGAUGGCUCAGAGGAGGCAGCAAAGCGAGCCAGACUGAUGCUCAACUGGGACGUCUCCAAUGGGGUGGCCCGUCGCUGCUGGUCUGGGAACUCCAAUGCCUACGACACCAUCCAGCACACCAUGGAGGAGAACAGGCAGCUGCGGGUCACAAUGCCAUUUCCUGUUCAGGAUGAGCAUGUGCUGGACCGUGCCCUGCAGGGCUAAGCUAGACUUCAGCAGAGGUUAACAGUCUUCGUAGAGCCACUAGCCACAGUGGAACAAAACGUUUAGCUGUACUCAAUUCAGCAGUGUUUGAAACAGGUCUUAUUCAGCUGUUAAAAUUAUACACUGAUGUUUUCCAGAAGAAAAAAUGAGUGAUAAUUUUGUAAGAGCUAUUGCUGUGGUGUCACAUUAGUUAUUUUCGAUGAAUACACAGAGCCCAAAGUUGGAUGCAAUAUUUUUAUACUGUUUUAAAAUGUUUAAUUUGCAGGAAUAUCUUCUUUAUUUUGUUAUGCUGAAAAAAAUAUUGAUGCAUAAUAAAGCUUAUAUGCGCCAUGUGUGAA